UUCUCCAAGCUGCAAGAGAGGGUGGAGACAGCAGAAUCCCGGGUGUCUGUCCUGGAGACCAUGAUUGAUGACCUUCAGUGGGACAUUGACAAGAUCCGCAAGAGAGAGCAGAGGCUCAACCGCCACCUGGCCGACGUCCUGGAGCGAGUAAAUUCCAAAGGCUACAAGGUGUAUGGAGCUGGGAGCAGCCUCUAUGGGGGAACAAUCACCAUUAAUGCCCGCAAGUUUGAGGAGAUGAAUGCAGAGCUGGAAGAGAAUAAAGAGCUUGCUGGGAAUCGCCUUAAUGAAUUGGAGGAACUACGUCAGGAUCUUGAGGAAGUAACAACACAGAAUGAAAAGCUCAAGGGGAGACACCUGCAGCUGU